CCUCUGUGGUUGUGGGCGUGUAUUGACGUUUGAUUUAGUGAGAUUUGAACGCUUCCUGGAUUAUAGUUCUAUCACAUACUGUACUGUACCUGACCUGUAGGCUAAGUGCCUAUUAUACCGUGUUAGAAAUAGCACCACAUCGGACACCGAAUAGAACGCCCCGAGCGCACUUUUAAUGAUGAGUAACUGACGCUCGGUCAUCAACGGACAUUCUUCCUGAUGUCACUUCUCAACAUGCCGACCACCUGUUUUAUGGCCGUGAUUUUGUGGCUCACAACUGGUUCAACUCGUUGUCAAACUGCAAUUCCCAAUGUUCACGGAGGGGUAGGUGCAGUUCUGGGGGUGUCCAACGCCAGCGUCCUCCUGCAAGACCCCAGCUCUGAGACACUCUACGUGGGAGCCAGAGGCUCCAUCCUGGCCCUGCACACCUCCAACCUCACCUGGAAACACCCAUCAAUUAAGUGGGAGGCAACAGAAAAGGAGAGGAAGUCCUGUAUGGGUAAAGGCAAGAGGGAGGAUGACUGUUAUAACUACAUCUGUCUGCUGGAGGUUCUGAAGGAUGGAAGGAUCUACGUCUGUGGCUCCUACGCCUACGAUCCCCAGUGUGCUUUCAUAGACCCAGUGACGUUUGCCCUAGUGAAGGAAGAAGGUGACGAAGUGAAGAUGGAGAAUGGGAAGGGGAAAUGUCCUUAUGAUCCCAGACAACCUCACACUGCUGUUACUGCAGAUGGAGUGCUGUACACCGCCUCCCCUUCUAUCUUCCUGGGCACGGAGUUUGACAUCACCAGGGCAACAGGUCAACAGGUGCGCGUGCAUCAGUCCAUCAACUGGCUCAGUGAUCCAGAGUUUGUGAGUUCGGCCCUGGUCAGGGAGAGUCCUGGAGACGAUGAUAAAAUCUACUUCUUCUUCACGGAGAACGCCAUAGAGUACAACCUUUAUACCAAGGUCAGGGUCACACGGGUGGCCAGAGUCUGCAAGGGAGACGUGGGUGGCUCUAAGACCCUGCAGAAGCGCUGGACCAGUUUCCUGAAGGCUCAGCUGGUGUGUCGGGACCGGGACAGUGGCCAGCACUACACCGUCCUGACCCAUGUCUACCCCCUGGAACACCGCCUGGGAGACCCCAGCAGCACACACUUCUACACGCUCUUCACCUCCCAGUGGAAAGGAGAGCGUGUGUCAGCAGUGUGUGUGUACAGCCUGGCUGACAUCACCAAGGUGUUUGCGACGGGAGGCUUCAGAGAUAUGAAGAGGAACUGUGUGAACAGUGGGAGCUCUGAGUCUGUACCCGACCCCCGUCCUGGACAGUGUAUCAACGAUGACCUGAGAGCCCAGGGUUAUAACUCCUCCUUCGAUAUGCCCGACCGCGUGCUGCAGUUUGCCAAGGAACAUCCUCUGUUGACGGACACUGUGGACGCAGCGCCCCUUCUGGUGAGGAGGGGAACCACAUACACCAGGAUCACAGCCACCAACAUCUCCAACAGUGAUGCUGCCCUACUACAUCUGGGAACAGAUCAGGGGGAGUUACACAGUGUGUGUAUCGUUGGUCGUACUGCUACUCUGCUGCAGGAGAUCCCUCUGACAACCUCAGUAGAGCCCGUCAACAACAUCCUCAUACACCAGGGCCAUGUGGUGGUAGGCUCCCCCUCCUCUCUGUCCCGUGUGCCAGUAGAGGAGUGCAGGGUGUACUCCAGCUGUCAGGUGUGUGCCCGGGCAGCAGGACUAGGUUGUGUGUGGGACGUCAACAAGAGAGCCUGUGUUGCGGACUCUCCAGUGCAGAGGGAGUCAGAGGACCCUUUGAAGGUGUGUGGCACUGGAGAGGGUCGUUGUUCCCCUGUGGUGAAGGAGCUGCGUGUGAAGAAGGGCCUGGUGGUCCUCCUCCCCUGUGACCACCCCCAUCUAUCCCCUCUCCCCUGCGUCUGGGAGCACCCCCAGGGCCGCCACACCCAGCAGCACCACUCCCACCUGGAGGUCACCAUCUCCGGAUCCAGCCUGGGCCUCUACUCCUGCCGCUGCUCAGCCCAGGAUGAUUAUUCCUGGGGUAGCGAACCCUGCCUCACAGCCUCCUACCAGCUCACCAUGGAGGACCUCAGUGUCGAAGGCAGGGUGGACCCGGGGCUGCGGAGGUCACCGGUAUGGGUGUACAUCUCCUGUGUCCUGCUGGGGGUGCUGGUUGGAGCUUUAGGAGCCACUGUGUUCCUGAAGAGGAUGUGCUGGAGAGCAGCCCAGCACACCCCAUUAGAGGACAGAAAUGGGAGGGGAGCCAAUCAAGGACAGCAGGGGCGGGGCCCCACCUGCUAUGAGAAUAAGCUGGUGAUGAGUGACACGCCAGUCGGCCAAUUGGGAGAGGGCGUUUUAUGACGAGAUGUCCAGAAUUGACUUAAUUGAAGGGAGUGUUUUGCCAGGUACCGCUUACAGACUACUCUCUCUGACGCGUUCUUUCUUUCUGUGUGUCUGUCUCUCUCUUUGUGUGUCUCUCUCUGUCUCUCUCUCUCUCUCUGUCUCUCUGUGUCGCUCUCUCUGUCUCUCUCUGUGUCUCUCUCUCUUUCUCUGUGUCUCUUUCUUGUCUCUCGCUCUGUGUCUCUCUGCUUCUCUGUAACCAGGUUUCCAUCCAACCUAUUUAUGCGAGUAAAACAUGUCACGACAGGCCUGAUGGAAACAGCAUAUUUUUGGGUAAACUUUCCAAAUGUCGACAAAACAAAAUACACUAGACAAGGUGAGAUCGUUUUGUGUUGGUAAAAUUAAUUAUGUGAGAAAUGGAGGUGGAAACACCUCCUUUAUAGGCAAGUAUUGAUAUGAUAACCAUCAUAUCGAUGCGAUGACAUGUUGUGUGGUCCUCACACUACGACUCGGGAAAGCAUGCAGUUUAUUAGGCUAUAGAUGAAAUAAGUUAUGAUGAACGUCACAGGGAGGUGAAAGUGCACAGUGAUGAGCUUGAUGCUCCUUUCCAAUAAAUAUCAGGGGUCUUAUUCUGGUGACAUGAUCGAUGCUUGGCUGCCGUUUGACAAAUAAAAAGAAUCUUGCUCUUAUCCAUAAUAUUGUCAUGUAGGCAAGCCUACCCGCACUGUAUCUGCCAGCUGCUGGCUAGAGCGUACAUGCAAAGACCACAUUUGCUAUUUAUCGCAACACAGUUGAAAAUGCGAUGGAAACCCGUCCUCACCCACUGUUUCCGCCAAGUCAGUUUGGCGGAAACACAGCACUGGUGGGAAAAUGUGCAUAUUUUCCUUAUUAAUAUUUUAGAAUAUUCACAUGAAAAUCUGUCGCCAAUUGGAUUGAAACCAAGCUAGUGACAUCACAGGGUAGGAUUAAAAUAAAAAAUGAUAGUGAUUUCCAAACCUGGAACCAGUUUCUAGCCAGCGGUAGGGUAUAUACUUGCUCCCCACGUCACUGCAAAUCUCAGUGUUUGAUGAAAAUCCCUGAUUUUACUUUUAAUGUCAUUGGCUAGAACGUUUUCACAUGUUUAGACACUGGCAUUGUGCUGGCGAUAAUGAACAUGAGGAUGAGAAGUGGUAGGAUUUCCCUUUAAGUUGUCUUUUGUGCAUGUACAUUUGACUUGCUUUUUUUUAACAUGAUUUUGCAUCUUUUUGUAAUAUUUGAGAAUGUUUUGUAGUUGUUGUUAUCCAUUGUUUGCCAUUUCUGAACAAAGCGUAUUUUAGUAAAUAUUCCUACAGUACCAA